GAUACCUGUGCUUCCUAAAUGGAGCUCCAGCCUCCCUGGUAUUCACAUGCUGGCUGUGGCCUGACGCGACCCUCUCGCUUCCUCUCUCGGACAGAUAUUCCUCUGGGACCCAGCCACGGGCUGCCAGCUCGGCCGGGUGCUGUCUGGCCACUCCAAAUGGAUCACAUGUCUGUGCUGGGAACCGCUCCACAUAAACCCAGAGUGUCGCUACCUGGCCAGUGCCUCCAAGGAUGGCAGCAUCCGCAUCUGGGACACGCUGAUGGGCAGGUGUGACAAAAUCCUCACGAGCCACACGCAGUCGGUGACGUGUGUGAAGUGGGGGGGCGAUGGUUUGCUCUACUCCUCCUCCCAGGACAGGACCAUCAAAGUGUGGAGGAGCAAGGAUGGCGUGCUGUGCCGCAGCCUGCAGGGCCACGCUCACUGGGUGAACACCAUGGCCCUGAGCACCGACUACGUGCUCCGCACCGGGGCCUUCGAACCCGCCGAGGCCACCAUCAACCCUCAGGACGUCAGCGGCUCCUUGGCAGAACUGAAGGAAAGGGCUCAGCAAAGGUACAACCAAGUCCGGGGCCAGGAACCAGAAAGGCUCGUCUCGGGGUCAGAUGAUUUCACCCUGUUCCUCUGGAGACCAGCGGAAGACAAGAAGCCGCUGGAGAGAAUGACAGGCCACCAGGCACUGAUCAACCAAGUCCUCUUCUCGCCAGACACCCGGAUAAUAGCCAGUGCUUCCUUUGACAAGUCCAUAAAGCUCUGGGAUGGUAGGACAGGAAAGUACCUGACGUCGCUGCGGGGCCACGUCUCAGCCGUGUACCAGAUCGCCUGGUCGGCCGACAGCCGCUUGCUGGUGAGCGGCAGCAGCGACAGCACCCUCAAGGUCUGGGAUGCCAAGACCAAGAAACUGGCCGUCGAUCUUCCUGGCCACGCAGAUGAGGUGUAUGCGACGGAUUGGAGCCCGGAUGGACAGAGGGUGGCGAGUGGAGGGAAGGAUAAGUGUUUGAGGAUAUGGCGUUGAUAGGAGCACAGACACGGAGCUGCCGGUCCUGUCCUCGGCACAACGUGCCUGGAAGAUCUCCAGGGGGAUGGACGACGGAGGCCGACCCGAGCACGACUCCCUGUUCCUGUUGGCUGCUCUCCCUCGUGGACUCUUUCCUUAUAUUUAUUUAAGGAAAUUUUAAUUCUAGUUCUUAUUAAGAGCUGUGCUUUGCAGGAUGAUUUCCUCUGAACGUUACAGGAGGGAAUAUCUCAUCUGCCUCUGUCUCAACUGGCUUUUUAUUGGAAUUUCAGCCUCAGAGUAGCCCUCUGCCUUGAGGGGCAAGAUGGCUCUUGCCCUUUCUUGCUGCGUGAAGAAUCCUGCAGAGAAGAGGGUUUUAGUGGGAACUGAAAGGGUUGUCCUUGUGUGACCUUCAGAGAGAGAGAAAUGGGAAAAUUCAGCACAUCAAUUACAUUGCAGAAUUGUGCUUGGCAUUAUCUGUG